AUGAAUCCAGAUAAAUGCUAGAUUUGUUCUUCUAAUUAUGCUAAGCAUCUCUCUGUGAUUCCAUAUAUUCACUCUGCAUAGUAAAAAGGUGAUCAAAAUUAAGAUAAUAAAUGUCAUUUGGUUUGCGCAUCUUUCAUUAAAGAUGUAGAAAUUAAUAUUAGAAAUAAGCCAAAAAAUAAAUUUAAAAUGGGUAAAAAGGAAUUAAUUGCAGAAACAAGUGUUAAUUUAAAAAGUCUUGAAUAUAGUUAGCUUCUAUGUUAAGAUUGCAAUGAAAUCGAUACAGAAACAUACAUUAAAUGCAUUGAUGAAGAUUGCAAUAAUUACUUUCAUAUUUCUUGCAUUAUCAAGAAUCAAAUCAAAAUAUCUCUUGGUAGAUGGUCAGAAAUAGAUCGUAAAGCUUAUUUACUUGAGCCUAUUUGUAGCGAACACAUCAAUAAUAAAAAAUAUGUAGAGAAGUCAAUUUCAUGGUAAAAUAUUGAUAAAUAGCUGAAGCAAAAAAUAUUUGAAAUGAAUGGCCUAGAUAUCCAGUUGUUAUCUGAUGAUGAAAGUGCAAGGGAUUUAAAAAAUAUUUAGUUACAAGCAGGGAGAAAAGAGAGUCAUUCUUAAAGUUAAGAGGACUCUUAAUUAACUAAAUUAGAAAGCAAGUCUGAAAGGAAAUCUCAAAGAAAAAGGAAUCUUAAAAUUAAAUAAAUAGAUGAAAACACAACAAUAUCUAAUUCUGCAGCUGAAUCAGCAGAGAGUUCUGAUGUUGGAACACAUUUAUCUUCUAUUUAGUACUCCUCAGAUUAAAUAAAAUCUAAUUUGAAAAGCACAUUAAAAUAAAAAAAAGCUAAACUUUAAACAAAAUAAAUUGAAGAAAAGGUUAAUAAAGGAGAAUAAAAAAGUAGAGGUAGAAAAAUAAAAGAAUUCAAAGAGGUAGAAAUGGAUUUAAAUGAAUAAAAUGAGAAAGAAAGUAUGACUAUAAUUGAGAAAGUAUUCAAAAAUAACACAUUAUUUAAAGAUUGCUUAGAUCCAACAAAAUCUAAAGUUGCUGAAGAAAUUAUCAAAAAGAAUAAAGUGAAAAUUUCUGGAGGAAUUCCUUAAUAUCCUAACACUAAUGACUCAAACAGAUAAAACCUAAUGAAGUAGUGGUGGAAAUAUGUGAAUGAUUUUUAUUUUAAAGAGUGCUCGUAAAAAGAUUUUUCUGCUCUCACUCAAGAAAAAAUGUCAAGUCUUUUAGAUUUAGAGGAUCUAGAAGAUAAUAUGCCUCAAUCAAGAGCUUACAGAUAUGAAAAAUUUAUUUUGAAAAGUUAAUAUUACUAAUCUUUGAUUGAAAACGACUAUUACUUAAAUGGAAUAGUACCAAGUUUAAAAAAUCAUUACUACUUAACAGUGUUAUUUGAAAACGAUUCUUCUAAUUUUUUAGUAAAAUAUGAAUUGCUUGACUAAACUUUUAAAAAUAAAAUUCUGGAUUCAUUAAAAAGCUCUUAGAAGAAUUAAAUAAAUAAUUUAAAUUUAAAUAUUAUAAGCCAAAGAGAAAUGAAUGAUAUUGCAGUAGUAAAACCUAAAAAUUACUAAAGUUAUGCUACAAAUUUUAAUAGUAAUAUAUCCAGCAGUGAUUUAUAGAGUAUUUUGUAUUUAAGUGAUAUUUAAGGAGUUGACUGUUUAUCUCUUUAAAAAUCGAUUGAAUGCACAAAAUUUGUACUUGACCAACAAAAUUAAUACAGUUAAUCAUAAAAUUAUUCAAAGUAACUGUUACUGUGUGAAGGGAACUAGAAAAAUCAAAUAAAAUAAAUUCCCAUUUAAGAUUAGAGAACAAAUAUUUCAGAAGAUUCGAGCUAGGAAGAAAGUGUUAGAUAGCCAAAUCAAAUUGAACUUGAAAUACUUUAUUGGUAAGAAUAGUUGUAAUAAGUUUUAGAUGAAAAUAACAAUGGAAAAAGAAGAAUUUUAGAUAACCUUUAAAAUGAAUAAAAUAAGUACUUGUAAAUAGAAGAUUUGGAAAGAGAAAGCAGGAAAGUUUACGAUAUAGUAAAAUGGAAUACAAUUAUCAGAUAUAUGAAAGUAGGAUAUGGAGAAAAAAGUGAAGAAAUCCUAUUAACAUACAUAAAAAAUGAAAAUUUAGAGGAUAUCAGAGACCAAAAAAAAGAAAUUUGUGAAGAAAUUGAUUAAAUUCUAGAAAAAUCAGAAGACAAAAAUACAAAUUAAGGAAUGUUUCAUGCCAAAGGUGGUAAAAAUACUUGGAGAAGCAAGAUAUUUUAGUAAAUUUGCUUAAGAAACACUGAUGGGUAUAUUGAAAUUGAUUGUAAAAUAUGCUUCAAUAAUUAUAGUAGUGAAUCAAAUCCUGUUGUUUACUGCUCACUUUGUUCUGCAUCUUUUCACUAAUUUUGUUACGGCAUUAAGGAGAUUCCUCAUGAUGAUUUUUUGUGCGAUUUAUGUUUAUUCAGAUAGUCAUAAGCCUAAAAAGAAAAUAUGAAUAAAUAAAUCAGCAAUUCUAACAUUUAAGUUGAAAUUUAAACCUAACAAAAAAAAAAAAAAAAGAAAGAGCACAGAUUAUUAUGUAAAAUAUGCUUAAAAACUGGUUUCCCGAUGAUCGAUGUCAACCACUAAUUUUACCAUGUUUCUUGCUUGAUAUUUUUAAAUUUGAUAUAUAUUAAAGACAGCUGCAUUUCUCUUAGAGGAGGGGAAUCUGAUGAAGAUAUGAUUAAAUUUUAAUAAAACUUAUUAGAUAUAGUUGUUAAAAAUGAGCUAUAAAAUUACAUGUGUGCAAUUUGCUAGAAAAGAUAAGGUUAUAAAAUAAAGUGCAAUCAUUGUGAUUGCAAUUUAGCAUUUCAUACUCACUGUGCAUACAUAGAGGGAUUAUAUUUUGAUAUUGAAAUAUUAUAACCUGAGUAACAAAAUAAGAAUUUAAAUGAAAAUGGUAUUGACAACAAUACAAUAAAAUCCUAUACAUCUUUAGACGAAAAUUCUAUAGACGAUAAUUUUAACAAAAUCUAAACAUCUAUUUACUGCCCAAGUCAUCAACCAAUUCAAGACAGAGACGAAAUUUUAUAAAUUUACUUACGUAGAUAUGGAAUAAAUCUUUAUUAAACAGCAGUUGAAUACAAAGAUUAUAACUCUUUCAUCGCUGAUCAUGAAAAUAUUUAAAAAGAAUCAAAAUAAAAAAUAGAAGAAAUUAGAUCUAAAAUUCAAUAAGAAAAUUAAGUGAGCUAUGAAAGUACAAGUGGAAUAUUUAAGCUUUUAAAUGACUGUACAAGUAAUUAAGAAAUAGAUAUUACUGAUAUUUUUGGUGAUUUAAAUGAGAAUAGUAUAAACCAAAAUAAUAACCAUGUUGAAACACAAAAUAGUAAUUCAAAUUAAAUCAAAAAUAUUGAAAAAAGUAUCUCCAACAACAAAUAAUAAAAUACUAAAAAUGACAAUUGUUCAAAAUCAAAUAUCAAGAUUGAUUAAAUGAAUUCUCUUUUGAAGGCAUAAUCAAAAGAAAACGACAAGUAUAUUAUAAAUACAACAAGUUAACUACAAUAAAUAAAAAAAGAAAAUUAUUACAAUUAAAAUAUCUCUUAAAAUAACUGCAUAACAAAGAACGAAACUUAUCUUAAACAAUAAUAAAAGUAGAACAAUUCUUAGAAUAAAUGUUUAUAAUAAAUUAACAAUAAUAAAAAAUAAAGCACUUAGAAUAAUAAUUAUCAAAAUACUUCUUCUAUUUCUUAGUUUCAAAACAAAAAUAAUUCCAACUCCUAAAAAAGUAGUUAAAUAUCAUCUAAUCAAUUAUAAGAAUAAUAAAUUGAUGCUAGCAAAUUGAUUUCUGAAAUAUUUUCAGACUGA